UUAAGUAACAAAACAUUUCAAUCUGCAUACUAGUCACUUCGCAGUUGUUGUUAGAAAUGUGGCAAAUAUUUUUAUUUGCGCUCCUAAUAGUCACCGCUGACUGCGCCCUCGAUAGGCCACUAUGUCCUGACGGUGGUGAACCGGUGUGCGGCAGUGAUGGUUAUGAAUAUAUUUAUUUCGAUAACGAAUGCAAGCUGAACGUCUAUAGUUAUAAGCAACUUUUUGCUGGGAAACCAAAACUCACAAAAGUACCGCUCGAAAAUUGUUUUUCUAAUUGCGAGGGCAUCAUUUGUCCAGCCAUUUAUCAGCCCGUGUGUGCAUUGCAAAUGCCUGCAGGUCCGACAAAAACGGUACCCAACAUCUGUCUGGUGAAUCAACUGAUUUGUGAAACGAAACAACAAUGGAUAAUCGUAAAUUAUGGUCCUUGCGCAAAACCAGACCAAAUAACUUACGGCGCCAGUCUAGCCGCUUACUCGCCAUACGCGUCUGACUCUUUAGCUCCUCCCAGCUACCAACCUGCUCCUGCCCCAGCGCCUUAUACCCAACCUGAUCUCGCCUACCAACCUUCUACGAGUUACUCAACACCAGAAACUUAUGUUGAUCCUACUCCCGCGUCUGACUAUUUACCUGCUCCCAGCUACCAAUCUUCUCCUUCUGAUUAUGGCUCUGCGCCUUCUCCUGCGCCAGCACCAGCACCGGCACCAGUUCCAGCAGCUUAUGCCAGUCCUGCUCCCGCGAACCAACCUUCUACUGGUUUUUCAAUACCAGUAACUUAUGUUGCACCCACUCCUGUGUCCGACUAUUUACCUGCUCCUAGCUACCAAUCUUCUCCUUCUGAUUAUGGAUCUGCGCCUUCUCCUGCGCCAGCACCAGCACCUGCACCAGUUCCAGCAUCUUAUGCCAGUCCUGCUCCCGCGAACCACCCUUCUACUGGUUUUUCAAUACCAGUAACUUAUGUUGCACCCACUCCUGCGUCCGACUAUUUACCUGUUCCCAGCUACCAAUCUUCUCCUUCUGAUUAUGGCUCUGCGCCUCCUCCUGCGCCAGCACCAGCUUCUUAUACCGACAACGCUCCCGCACGCAAUUAUGUACCUGCUGUCAACUACCAACCAUCUUCUGGUUAUGGACCUGCCCCUGCACCUACACCUGAACCAGCCCCAGCACCUUAUGCGGAUCCUUCUAACAACCACCAACCUUCUAUUGGUUAUUCCGCGCCAGUAAUUUAUAUUGCUCCUAUUCCCAGCUACCAACCUGCUCCUGGUUAUGAACCUACGACAGCACCUGCACCAAUUCCUACACCUUCAUCUGGUUAUUCAGGACCAAUAACUUAUGUUAAUCCUGUUCCCGCGCCUGCACCUGAACCUACUCCAGCUCCAGCUCCAGCGCCAACACCAGCACCUGCACCAGCACCAGCACCAGUACCUGCAUCGUAUGCAGAUCUUGCUCCCUCCUCUGGGUCUUUAUCUGCUUCUAACCAUCAACCUGCUUGUGGUUAUGAACCAGCCCCUGCACCUGCACCUGCACCAACCCCUGCACCUAACAAUCAACCAUCUAUUGGUUAUGAACCAGCACCAGCACCGGCACCUUCUGCUGAUCCUGCUCCUACCUCUAAGUAUCAAACUUCUUCUGACUAUGCGCCUGCGCCUGCACCUGCCCCAGCAUCGUAUGUUGAGCCUGCUCCUGCUCCAGCUCCAGCUCCUCACACUUCCUCAUCUACCGGGCAAGCUUCUGCUUCUGCUUCUGCUUCUGAAUUUUACUCAGCUUUAGAUGAAGCACCAGCUGCAUCUUACGACUCAUAUGAGGAUCCCAACUCGUACGCUUAUCCAGCACCUGCACCAGCUCCUAGUCCCUCUCCUUACCCCGUGCCGUAUGUAACACCAGAUCGAAUCAUGGUCUCGCAUUACUCUACUGGCCAAAUUGCAUCUCCUUUUGGCUUCGAAGCUCCUGCUGCAGCUCCAACACCUGCAUUAUAUUCUUACUCAACGCCAGCUUCCUACAGACCUAAAAAUAUAUACGCAGCACGGGUCCCAAAUACUUACUCAGCCCUUAAUGAAAUGCCCUCAUCAGAACCAUACCAAUAUCCAUUAACGACUGUCAUACCCUCGGCGCCUCAAAUCAAAGACUUACUCAAUUAUCUAUUUAAAUCGCCACCGUCCGAAGAGAAUGUGCCACACCUAGCCGCUUUAAUUGCGAAGUGGAUGGAAUACAGUCCGCAGCAGCCACAGUUACCAGCAUGGCCCACUGAAAUGUCUGAAUCGCAAUCCAUACCUUUUUACUAUCAGCCGACUUAUACUUUUAUCGAGUACCACGGCUCGAAAAAGCCACGCGCAUACACGUACAAAUAAUUUCUAAAAAUUUCACUGAAAUUUUAAUUUAAUUAAGUAUGUGAAUGUUGUGUGUGAUUGUGUACCUGUAACUUUUAAGAAUCCCCGACCCAUUGAAAUUGUAUAUUAGUAUGUAAUUAUAUAAAUAAAUUAAAAGUAAAUAUGAAUAAAUUUUGCAUCGAAAACGAA